AUGAGAGCAAUCAAUGGGUUCAAUGCAGACAAGAAGCAACUAAUAAUGCACGAAAACCCCAAGGAGUUGCGGGUUUUUCUUCUACCAAUUAGGGUCCACUCUUCACCACCUCAUGCAGAUGGUCUACAAGACCAAUGUGAUAUGUCCACUCUUGGACGUGGAAAGUUCAUAUAUAUUAUUGUUAUAAACCCUAACCAAC